AAGCCCGUCAGGACAAUGGAUACCAUUAUGGAGAAGCCAAUGGAUAUCGUUCUCAAGUCACGGACAUUGACGGUGCCUAUUGUCGAAGAUCCAACACCAAAGCCUCGCAUUGUCAUCACACAUUUGGUCCUCGAAAACUUCAAGAGUUACGCUGGACGACAAGAAGUGGGACCAUUCCAUGCGUCGUUCUCAUCCGUUGUUGGACCCAACGGCUCUGGAAAAUCUAAUGUUAUUGACUCUCUCCUCUUUGUGUUUGGCUUCCGAGCUAGCAAGAUGCGACAGGGAAAGAUCUCCGCUUUAAUUCACAGUUCUGCACAAUAUCCCAACCUUCCUUUCUGCGAGGUUGCGGUGCAUUUCCAAGAAGUCUUGGAUCAGCCUGGGGGUGGCCAUGAAGUAAUCCCCGAUUCGGAGCUUAUUAUUUCCCGCAAGGUUUUCAAAAACAACUCCAGCAAAUACUACAUCAAUGGCAAGGAGUCUAGCUUCACAAUCGUCACAACUCUUCUGCGCGACCGUGGCGUAGAUCUCGAUCACAAGCGUUUCUUGAUUCUCCAGGGAGAAGUCGAAUCAAUUGCUCAGAUGAAGCCCAAGGCUGCGAAUGAGCACGAAGAUGGAUUACUGGAGUACCUUGAAGACAUCAUUGGAACCUCUAAAUACAAAACUCCGAUUGAAGAAUCUGCUGCCGAAGUCGAAACUAUCAAUGAAGUUUGUAUGGAAAAGAGUGCUCGUGUUCAGCAUGUUGAGAAGGAGAAGAAUAGCCUGGAAGAAAAGAAAGACAAGGCACUUGCAUUUAUUCGAGAUGAGAAUGAACUCGCCAUGAAGCAAUCUGCAUUGUAUCAACUCUAUCUUCACGAGUGUACCGACAACAUCGCGGUCACAGAAGAGGCAAUCAAUCAGAUGCAAUCUCAACUGGACCUUGAACUUGAAAAACAUCAAGGUAGCGAGCAAAUCAUCAAGGAGCUUGAACGCCAAUACGCCCAGGUUGGUAAGGAGUUUGAAGCUCAAGACAAGCAAACUCAAGCAUUCGUCAAAGAAUUGGCAAAGUUUGAACAAGAGCGGGUCAAAUUUGACGAGAAGAAGAAAUUCUUGGAAGAUAAGAGAAAAAAGCUUCAGAAAUCGAUUAAUAAGACUGAAAGAUCCGCGGCUGAAGCUGAUGAGACGAUCGAGCAAUGCGGAGAGGACAUCGUCACACGGACACAAGAAAUCGCAGUAUUGGAGUCUACGGCGAAAGAUGAAGAAGCUGAGCUUACCAGAAUCAGAGAGAAUCUGAAGGGAAAGACCCAAGUCUUUUCUGACCAGAUUGCAGCCAAACAAAAGUCACUGGAGCCAUGGGUAGAGAAGGUCAAUCAGAAGCAAUCUGCCAUUGCUGUUGCUGAAAGUGAGAUGAACAUUCUCCAGGAAAAGGCGAAUGCUGGUGCAGUUGCUCUGCAGGAGCUGGAGGCCAAAAUAUCAUCCAUAGAAGAGGGCAAAGUCGCCAAGCAAAAGGAGCUCAAGGCUUGCCAGGCUGAAAAAGCAAAAUUGACAAAGGAGGCUGAAAAGAUGAAAUCCGAGCUCUCAAUUCUCGCAGAACAAGAACCAAAGAUAAGAUCAAAGAUUUCUAACGCUCGCCAGAAAGCAGACGAGGCUCGUUCCAGCUUGGCUAAUACUCAGACGAGAGGCAAUGUGCUAUCUGCCCUGAUGCGAAUGAAGGAAUCAGGUCGUAUUGAUGGAUUCCAAGGUCGUCUAGGAAACCUUGGCACUAUUGAUAAGAAAUACGACGUGGCAGUCUCUACCGCGUGCCCUCAGCUUGACAACUUUGUCACCGAAACGGUAGAGGCAGGUCAACAGUGCAUCGAGUACCUACGGAAGAAUAACCUCGGUCGCGGUAACUUCAUCUGUCUAGAUAAACUUCGACAACGGGAUAUGUCACCCAUCCACACCCCGGAAAACGCGCCGCGGUUGUUUGAUCUUGUCAAAGCAAAAGCUGACAAAUUCCUACCGGCGUUCUAUCACGCUAUGCAAGAUACUCUUGUUGCCAAUGACCUUGCUCAGGCCAAUCGUAUCGCUUACGGUUCCAAGAGGUGGCGAGUUGUGACGCUGGAUGGCGAAUUAAUUGACAAAUCUGGUACCAUGUCAGGAGGUGGUAACACGGUGAAGAGAGGCCUUAUGUCCUCCAAGCUCGUUGCCGACACAACACAAGAACAUGUCGCCAAACUUGAAGAGGAUCGUGAUGGGUGGGAAACCAAGUUCCAAGAGUUUCAGGAAUAUCAACGAGAAUGCGAGAACAGAUUGAAGGAACUGAACCGAGAAAUCCCACAAUUAGACACCAAGAUGCAAAAGAUUGGCUUAGAAAUGGAGAGCGCCACGCGAAACUUGGCUGAUACCCAGCGACGCAUUCAGGAAGUCAACAAGGAGUACCAACCAUCCACCGAAGACUCUAAGAGAUUUUCGACACUGCAGAAGGAAGUAGCUAAGCUGACUGCAGAAGUGGAUAAACUUCGUGGUGAGACAUCUAGCGUCGAGGAGGAGAUUAAAGCUCUGCAAGACAAGAUCAUGCAAGUUGGUGGAGAGAAGCUGCGAGCUCAGCGAGCCAAGGUUGACGCUAUUAAAGAGGAGAUUUCAUCUCACAACGACGAGAUUUCCAAUGCUGAGGUCAAGAAAGCCAAGGCCGAGAAACAGAAGGUCAAGCUUGAGAAAGAGCACACUAAGGCUACUAAAGAGCGAGAUGCCGCAGUACGCGAUCUUGAGCAGCUACAAGACGGUCUUAACAACCAAGGAGAGAAAGCGGAAGAGCUAAAAGCCCAAGUCGAGGAAGCCGAGCAAGGGCUUGCGCAGAUGAAGAAGGGGCUGAAACAGCUUAAGACAGAGUUGGACGCGAAGAUUGCAGAGCUCAAUGAAACCCGAGCGGUGGAGAUUGAGAUGCGAAAUAAGCUUGAAGAGAACCAGAAAGUCCUCGCUGAUAACCAGAAGCGACUCCGAUACUGGCAAGAAAAGUUGUCCAAACUUAUGGAUGAUGGAGAUGCCAUGUCAGUAACCUCGGACAAAACUGAACAUGCCGAAAGCGCGCCCGCUCGCCAGCCCAACGAACUGCCAAGGUAUACGCCAGACGAGUUGGCUGGUAUGAAUAAAGAGACUCUUAAAGGGGAGAUUGCCGCGUUGGAAGAGAAGACUCAGAAUGUCAACGUGGAUCUCGGAGUUUUGGCUGAGUAUCGUCGUCGCGUAGAAGAGCAUGUAAACCGCGCGUCUGAUCUGCAAACAGCACUUGAACAGCGCGAUGCGGCAAAGAAGAGACUGGAUGACCUGCGCCGUUUGCGACUUGAAGGCUUCAUGGAGGGCUUCAGUGCAAUUUCACUGCGUCUCAAGGAGAUGUACCAAAUGAUCACCAUGGGAGGUAACGCAGAACUCGAGCUGGUUGACAGCUUAGACCCCUUCAGCGAAGGUAUUCUUUUCAGCGUGAUGCCGCCCAAAAAGAGCUGGAAGAAUAUCGGCAACCUUUCCGGUGGAGAGAAGACUUUGAGUAGUCUUGCUUUGGUGUUUGCUCUGCACCACUAUAAGCCAACGCCGCUAUACGUCAUGGACGAAAUUGAUGCUGCUUUGGACUUCCGAAACGUCUCAAUCGUGGCGAAUUACAUCAAAGAGCGUACAAAGAACGCGCAGUUCAUCGUUAUUUCGCUACGAAACAACAUGUUUGAGCUUGCAGCGCGCCUUGUCGGCGUGUACAAGGUCAACCAUAUGACGAAGAGUGUCACGAUAGAGAACAAGGACUUUAUCGACAGGCCUCAAAUGACACAGCAGCAGCAGCAGAGAGCGCUGGGAGGAGGUGGAAAUACGACCACAGUAGCAAUGAGGUAG